AUGUCCUUCAACAAGACUAAGUUUGAUAUCUUCAACAAAGCACAAGAUGGGAACAUAGGAUAUGGCAAUCAAUUCAACCCCGCUAUCCCAGCUUUACGGCUGAUGAACGAGCUGCGUGAGAAUCAGACCGCUUCGGGGCUUGGAAUUCCAUAUGUUCUUGUGACGGAUUCAGUUAAUGGAGUCUACUUGUUCAAUGGGACUUUGUUCCCUGCUACACUAUCCAUGGCAUCGUCGUUUAAUGUACCGCUUUAUGGCGAGGUUAUUGCCUCGAUCCGAGAAGAGUGCAGAGCAAUUGGUAUCAAUUGGGUUCUAUCACCGGAGUUGGAUGUUGUGACGGAUCCCCGUUAUGGCCGAGUGGGUGAAACAUAUGGUGAAGAUCCCUAUUUGAACGGAGAAUUUGGCUUGAAAUACGUCCAAACUAUGCAAGACAAAGAUGAAAAUGGGUUCAUGAAAGUCGCUGCCACAAUUAAGCAUUUUGUUUAUGGCUGGGAGACUGGCGGUGUCAAUACGGCGCAUCAGUAUGGGGGAAUUAAUCAUAUCUUUAAUGACAUGCUGCCUCCAUUCAUCAAGGUUAUCUCCGAGGGGAAGCCUGCUUCUUUGAUGGCUGCUUAUGCUAGUCUUGAUCGUGUCCCUAUGUCCGCGAACAAGUUCAUGCUUCAACGGGUUCUCCGGGAAGAUCUCAAGUUCGAGGGGAUUAUCAUGUCUGAUGCUGGCGCAUUGAAUGAUCUAUCACGCGAAUUUCGAAUCGCUCAGUCUUCUCAAGAUGCCGCGAUCUUGGCUGUCAAGGCCGGUAUGCAGAUGGAACUUUCGCCUGGGGAAGAGUCUGCCACACAGACGCUGGUCAAUGUGACAGACAGCGAGAUUACAGCGCUGGUCUCGAAUGCGACUUUGAAAAUCCUCGAGCUUAAAUUCAGCCUUGGUCUCUUUGAUUCGCCACUCCCCUCGGUUGAAAAUGCGUCAAAGACCCUACGUGCACCAGCCCACCUUGAAGCAGCUCGGAAUAUCUCCCGAGAAUCUAUCGUUCUGCUCCAGAAUGACGGUAUUCUCCCUUUGCAGAACAAAUCCCAUACCAUCGCUGUACUAGGACCCUACGCCUCAAUCAUCGACCCAGGCUCCUACGCAGCCCACAGCACUGCCGACAAAACCCAUGGCAACUCCCUCCUCCAAAGUCUCCAACACGCCUUUGGCUCCAAAAUUAUUUGCGAACCAGGCGUAGAUUUCCUCGAUCAAUCAAACCACACCGGUAUCUCCCGCGCAGUAACAGCUGCCAAAUCCGCCGACCUAGCCAUCCUAUCCGUCGGCUCAUUAUCCGUGUACGCCAGCGAUCCCCUCGACGACAAGCGCACCGACGGAGAAUUCUAUACGCACGCCGACCUAGGCUUCCCGGGCCUCCAACAAGACCUCAUCGAUGCAGUCCUCGACACAGGCGUUCCCACCAUCAUAAUCCUCAGCGGUGGACAGGCAUUCGUCCUAAAUAACUCCACCCUCCGCGCAAAUGCAAUCCUACACACCUUCCUCGCAGGUGAAUACACCGCCGACUCUGUCGUCGAGAUCCUAUCCGGAAAGAUAAACCCCAGCGGCAAGCUGCCCAUCAGUCUACCGCAGGCAAAUGGCGCAUUUCCCGUCGCGUAUAACUGGCUCCCGUCUGAUAAUCACGGAGGCAGUUCGGGAAGUCCGAUCUAUGGAUCGGCGGCUUGGCAGUUCCCCGCUCUCACGAUCGACCCACCGAUGGCAUUUGGAUUUGGGCUAAGUUAUACUAGCUUUAGUAUGACGGGCGUUGAGAUCAAGGAGGCCGAUACUUCAUUUGAGGUUUCGGUUAAUGUGACAAAUACGGGUCCUGUGCUUGGACAGGAGGUCGUGCAGCUUUAUUUUCGACAGAGUUGGUCGACCAUUGAGUUGCCUGUUAAGCGGCUGAUCCGCUUUACUAAAGUUUGUCUUGGAGCUGGUCGGUCGGAGCUGGUCACUUUUGUUGUUCCGCGAGAGGAGAUGGGGUAUUAUUUGGAUAUGGAGUGGGUGGUGGAGAAGGGAAGUUAUACUUUCUAUGUUGGGUCGAGUUCGAAAGAUGAGGAUUUGCAGGCGCGGAAUGUAACGAUUGGGUAA